AUGUUAAAAUUUCUUGAAAAUAGAGAUAAUCAUAGGAUCAAAAGAGGACAGGAUUAUAUGCGUUUUGAGAGUAACAGUCAUCUACCCAAUAAUAAAUAAUUUAAUAGUCCUCUUCAUUAAGAUAUCCUUAUACAUCAUGAUAAACCAUAAUAUUACAUUACCAAGAAAUUGCCUCCUAUUUCUAUUUACAAUCCCUUAGUUUAAUUAACAGAUUAAGUAGAUAGACCAGAAUAUAUAGUGAAAUAAAAAGAAAUUUAUCACUCUCGUUAUAUGGAAGAAUAUUAAUAAAAGGGCUUCAAAAAAAAGUAAGGAAUUUUUGAAUCAUUCCAACAUCUACUGAAUUAAAAUCAUAUUUUGAUUUAAGGAGUUCAUCCUGAUAAGAAACCGUUGUCUAUUCAAGCUUUAAAGGAAUAAAGAUAAAGGAAUUAUAGAUCUUUAAAUUAAGAUAGAUAACUUUCUUCCAGGAGUUAAGAUAGUUCUAAAGUGUAGCAAAGUAAUUUAGAUAGUAGCAGAUCACAUGCAAACAGUUAUAAUAAGAAUUAUAAUUAUAAUGUAUCAGAAUAAAGUAAAUUAAGGACUGAGAAUAAGAGUAUUCAAGUCAGUUUAGAAAGAAUGAGUGUUUCUAAGAAAACAGAAUAAUCGAAUGAGUUUAGACCAAAAAUAUUGCACUCUUAUUUGAUUAGACAAGAAGAAGAAGCAGAAAAAGAGAGAUAGAUGCAUUAAUUAAGCAUUUUUGAUAAAAAGAUCAAAGAAAUUAGAAUUUAUUAGGAUAAAUAUGGCAAAAGGAAAAUGACUAUCGAAUAGAAAUCUGAUUGA